AUGUUCAAUACACGUCAUGGGACGAAUCGACUCGUCAUCCCUCUCGAAAUAUGGAUUCAUCACAUUCUCGUUCAUGUUCUCGAAUUUCAUCAACCACCUCCUCGUAUCAUUUCUCAAUUUCAAAAUUUAUGUUUAGUUUGUCGAGAUUGGAAUUAUUGUUUACAACAAAUCCGAUUCGGAAAUGAGAAUGAUCAUUGUAUCAAUAGUUUUUGGGCUUGCCUUGUUAUCGGAACGAUCAAAAACGAAAAGGAUUCCCAUCAUUUGGAUGAAUUUCACUGUUAUCGUGUAUUGAAGAAAUCACAAGAUUGGAGAAAAUUAUAUCUGGAACGAACCAUUCCAAAACAUAUUCAAUGGAUGAAUGGUCAUGACCAUCAUGGUCACGGGAUUGAAACUGCUAUGGAUGUUGUUCCAAGUCCACUAUUCACAUGGAAUGUUAACAAUAUUCAAAAUCAUGAAAUACCAAAUUGGAAAGCAAAAAUUAUGAAAUUUUCAUUUGAGCCGUAUUCAAGUAUUGGUUUACUUGCACUCAUGAUGAAAUCUUUACGCAAUGAACAUUGUACAAGUUUAUUUCAGGAAGGAAUCAGCCAACUAUUGACUCAACAAAUGGGAUGUCAUAAUAAUUUUGUAACAUGUCAAGGUUUGGAUGUAUUGAAAAGCUACAAACGAUCCAUAACGUUAACUGAUGAUGUAUUUUACUCUCGAAAUUAUCCAAAUCAUUCGAAAGAACAAGUCAUUGAGAAACUUAAUCAGCAAUUUGUGAACAUGAUUGUUGACAUGAUGGAACAAUGUGAAAAUAAUACAGUGUCCAAUCAUCAUGACAACAGGUAUCAGAAUAUCCUAGAAUGCCCACAUUCAAAGACUGAAAAAUUCAUCAUUUCAACAGAAGGACUUGCCAUUCAUAAUUCAACUUUUGAAGAAUUUGAAGAAUUUGAAAACUAUAUUGAUGAACAUUGCUCUCUUAUCGUUCACUAUUAUUUUGAGGUUCGGGAUUUGUUUGCAUUCUUUAUGAAAAGUGGAAGAGGGUUUUUCAUGGCCAUGCCAAUUCCUGUAUUGGAUUUCCAAGAGGAUGACGAUUGA